AUGACAUGUAACCCUUAUUGGCCUAAAAUCAAAGCAAAGCUACAUGAAAUAGAAGAGGCACAAAAUCGACCAAAUCUUAUCGCUCGUGUUUUUCGUGCCAAAAUUAUGGAACUAAAAAAUGAGUUGGUCAAAAAACAACUCUUCGGCCCUAUAACAGCUUACACAUAUGUGAUUGAAUAUCAAAAGUAUGGCCUUCCACAUGUUCAUUUCUUGUUGGUUUUGAAAUCUCAUGCAAAGAUUAUCCACCUUGAAGAAUAUGACACAUACAUUUCUGCUGAGGUACCAAAUAAAGAUGACAACCCACAUUUGUAUAAGGUAGUUGUCAAGCAUAUGAUGCGUGGCCCCUGUGGUGCACUAAAGCCAACAAACCCUUGCAUGACCAAGAAAGGGGAAUGUAAGAACAAAUACCCUCAAGAAUUCUCAGAAGUGACCAUGUGUAGUGAGAACUCUUACCCAAUCUAUAGGCGCCGAAAUGACGGCAAGUGUGUGAAUGUUCAAGGUAGCCUUCUAGAUAAUAAAUGGGUUGUUCCUUAUAACCCGUACUUACUUAUAAAGUUCAAUUGCCACAUAAAUGUUGAAAUCUGCUCCACAAUCAAAGCUGAAAAAUAUUUUUACAAAUAUGUAUACAGAGGGCAUGAUCGUGUUUCUUUCCAUUUCAUUGCUAAUGAUAACGGCUCAAUUAUUGAUGAGAUUAGUGCAUACCAAUCUGCUCGUUGGAUAUCUCCACCUGAAGCUGCAUGGCAUAUUUACAAAUUCACAUUUAACAAUAUUUCCUCAACAGUUUUAGCUCUCCAUUUACACUUGUCAAACAUGCAACUUGUAAAUUUCAAGGAAAAAGAUAAUUUGCCAAGUGUUUUACAAUUUGGGCGUGCUUCUAGAACUAUGCUCACUGAAUAUUUUGCGACGAAUAAGGCAAAUACAUCUACUAGGCAAUGGUUGUACUCUGAAUUCCCUGAACAUUAUGUUUGGAAUGUUCAAGAUCGAUAUUGGAAACCACGUCAAAGAAGUGGAACAAUUGGAAGAAUUGUAUUAGCCAACCCUUCUGAAGGAAAAUGA